GUGAUUGUAAGAGUUUGAACUCAGUCAUACCUUUUACUUCUUCUUCGGCCCUCUUGUGGCCGCAAAUACCAACUUCUCUUUCAUCUCCGUUACAAACUCUAAACAUUUCUUCUAGAAACUGAAUUUAUCAAUAGACUUUCGUAUAUGGUAACCAAAACUGUAAACUACAUAUAUUUUAUAAAAACUUAUCUCCAUUCAAUAUCCAAAUCCCUUCCAACCUCACACAAAAAUCGAAAACAAUGUACUCUUCAUCGCCCGUAUCGACAUGCUUCUUUUUGAUCCCUAUCUUGGCCAUGGUGGCCACACAACUGGUCUUUAUGCGCACCGUUUCGUCUUUGAACAUGACCAAUGCCUAUUUGAACCACAAAUGCUUAGCCAAACAAGGAAGAUACAAGCCGGGAAGUUGGUAUGAGAAACAACUCCAAACUAUCAUAGUCUCUAUCGGAAGCGGUGAUGGUUUUACCCACGGUUACGACAUGAUGGGCCUUGGUGAUGAUUCUGAUUACGUCAGCGUCACCAACCAGUGCCGCGGGGACUCCUACGGGUCCAAGUGCCGCUCCUGCUUUGCCACCGCCAUCGCAGGGCUUCGUAGGAGAUGUCCGCGGUAUAAGGGGGCAAUAAUAUGGUAUGACCAAUGUACUGUCGAGAUUUCUUCGUUCGAUCCUCAAGGAAAGUUCGAUAAAGAUAACGAUUUCUGUAUGUCCAACGCGAAGAAAAUGAACGUAGAUUCGUUUGGAGAGAAGUGGAUGACUUUCCUCGACAAUUUGGUGGGUAUAGCCCUCAAAGAUUAUUUGUAUGCCGCGGGGGAUACAAGGUUCGGGACGAAGAAGUUGUACGGGAUGGUGCAGUGUAGGACUGACAUAUAUAAUAAUAGUUGUCGAAAGUGUGUUGGACACUUAGCCGUGAAAUUUCAAGAUUGCUGGCAUGGUAAACAAGGAGCUAGAGUUAUGGGUAGUGGUUGUAACUUUAGGUAUGAGCUUUACCCUUUUGUUAGUAGUGCCAAGCCUAAUUUGAAGUAAUUUUUAAUUCUUAUGCUUUUAGAUUUUUUUUCCGUAAACUUUAAAUUUUAUUUAUAUGAUUUUUUAUUUUGUUUGGAAAGAA